UCUAUACAUUAUCCCUUACCUAUCCAUACUGCGCUAUCUGUCUAUACUGCCCACACUGCACUUUCUAUAUCAUUCCUUUAACAUGUACAUGCUCUUUACUUAACUGUUUGUGCACUUCUGGUUAGAUGCCAACUGCAUUUUGUUGUCUUUUGUUGUCAAUUUGUGAUUUAGCUUAUAAAUUAGUUAAUUACCUCUUUGCCAUCAACCUAAUAAGGGCUUCCCCUUGCAAAUAAUGAUGAAUGAUGUGUCAAAUUGUCCUAUAGUUACUUAUGUUUUAUGAUAAUGAACAGUCACUGACAUUUCUUCCUCUGAAUGUAGAGAACAAUGGACAGCAAUGUUGCAAGCUCCGUUCACAAUCUCAUUACUGCAGCAGAGGUGCGGGACACCACCAUGAUGCUGAUGCAAACCAAUGCCAACUGGGAGGAGUACCUGACUCCAGCUCCCCUCUCCAUCCUCAUCAUGGCGGAGCUCGUCUUCAUCUCGUCAAACGAUGACUUCUCCAUCAGCAAGAACCCCCCACCAGGUGGCUUCAAGUACAUAAGGUACCCAGACUCCUUCAGAGCCUGUCUUAUGCAGGUCUGUAAUUCAGGCUGGGACGCAUUCAACAAGGCCCAUAAGCACAUAGAUCAGAUCCGCAUUCACACGGCCACAGUUCCUAAUUACAUGAAGGAAGCAGUCAAGAUCCUUUUCAAUGGCAGCGAUGAAGAUAUAGAAACUCUCCUGCCACUUCAGUUGGAACAAAUCUGCACCAUUGCAGAUGAGUGUGAGAUGAUGACAAGUGAUGUUGAAAAUCAAUAUACUGACGUCAUCAAUUUAAUCCAGGAAAUGUUGGAGGCCUGUAUGAAUGCUCUGAACCACUUUAAUAGAGAAGAGCUGGAAAUGGGUAAGAUGAAACUGGAGACAAUCCAAACGAGGGAGAAGUCAUCCACAGAGGUGACUGAAUGGUCCAAGAAGGCAAUGGAGGCCAUGUCAAAGCAAAUAGACGAAGCCCUUAAUAUGUACAAGAAAUCAAUGGAAACUAUGCCCUCUGGGUGGGAUAUGAGAGACCAGACUACAGUGCAGGACAGGCAACAGCAUACCAAAACUGAAGAUGAGAAUGUUGAUCUGAUCACACAAAUGAAAGUCUACAGCAAGUCUGGAGAGAUUCUGAGUGCUGUAGAGUCUCUUAAAAAGUAUGUAAAUAAAAAUGGAAUAGACUGGAAGGAACUCUAUGAUCAGAAGAACAAAUGCACAAAGACCACCGUGACUCAGUCCCAACUCCAAAGGAUCUCUGAGGAGUUGGAGAAGAUGACAGAGAGUAAACUAAGUCAGCAUGUCCUGUUACUCUGUAAGAGGGGCAUCAACAUCUGUAAUGACUUUGCAACGUAUAGCCCAGAAAAGAUGUUGAACGAGAAGAUAACUAAACAGCUGAUAAAGGAGAUUGAGGAGCUGCAUGAUGAUGUCCUCAGGUUUGACUCUGAUAGCAAAACAACCUUAAAGCAUCCAGCUUUUAAUGCCAUACCACCAACGAUGCCCAAAGCAGAAAGCAACAGCCCAGGACUGCAGUCUGCCAGCCAGAGAGCGGCAGAGAACACCCAUUUCCGCAUCGAGCAGAGCCGGAACUUAUACGAGAAGAGUGUGGAGAACAUGAAGUGGAACCAGAAGGAGCUGACUGAAUUCCUGGUUGAGAUGCAGACCUGCAAGGUCAAAGAGAUCGACUUUGACACCACCAUCAAAAUGCUGGUCAAGGGUGUGGAUGCCAUGGGCAGAGUCGAAGAGCAGUGGCAGAAGAUGGUGGGCUUUUUCCAGAUGGUCUCCAACAGCCUCGGUAAUACAAUGGACAACUUUGUCCAAACAGCUAAUGAGACAAAGAAGCUUUCUUACGACAGCGAACUCUUUGCAAAAUACCUCCUGUACAACCAGGCCUUUCAAGCAUCCAACAUCGCCAGCCUGGUCCACAUGAUCUCAGGGACCUACACUGAAGUGUCCAACAAGUACCUGAUGGACAAAGUGAGCAGCCUGGGCAAGCUCAUGGCCAUGGAUAAGAAGAAGCCAGAGUUCAUGCAAGAGCGUCUCAAGCUGCAUGAGUCGUGCCAGGAAGCUCAGGAUGGCAUCCUUCAGCUGGUCCUGAAGAACAACAAAGAGUUUGAGAGGAAGACAGAUGCUAGAAUAGCAGAACUUGAGAGUGGACUGAAAGCCAUUCUGCCUGCUGCUCCACAAGAAAGAAUACAAAAAAACACUGAGGAUGGUUUUGAUGAAGAGGACACUGGGUUAGAUGAAUCACAGAAAUGGAACUUUAACUUCUGGCAGACGAAAUGGGUGUGUGAUUGGCAGCCUGCCGUAGAGCCAAACAGCAUUUAGCCUUUGAAUAUACAGCCCAUUUUAAAAUGUGUGAAAUUGAUGUCUGUGACAUACAGAGCCCCCAAAGGACAAUGGGAGGGCUCCGUAGUGACACACCACGUGUCACAAUUAGUAAUCAAUUUUACGAAAUUUGUGUGACAUAUCCAGG